AUGGGAGACCUCGCCGCCGCUUUCGCUCAACAUGAAAUUACCCCGAAAAUCAUCCCGAAUGCUCCGAAAGAGCGGUUACAUGUGGGUUUUUAUUGAAAUGCAAUUUUUUGAUGUGACUUUUUUCCAGUUGGUUUGGGACGGAAUCCAAGUUGAGCCGGGCAUGACUCUCUCGACGAGAAACACGAAAAACGCGCCUCGGUUCAACCUGAAAGGCGCCGAUCCGGAGAGCACUUACUCGUUGCUCAUGAUUGGUGAGAACUUGUCAUUUUUGUUGAGAAAUGAAAAAAAUGGCAAAAGAGAGCGCGGGGGGAGAAGGGGGAGUUAAGAGGGUUUCAGGACUGAAAAAGAAGGAAAAGGAAAAACAGGGGGUAAGAGGAUUUCAAGACUUAAAGAUAUGAAAAUUUGGAGUAUAGUCUGUUCAGAUUUUGAAUGUCAAGUCGUCGCUCAAGCUCCGCCCCUAAUGGUGCGAUGAACCAAUCAGAGAGCGAGCCAUCCACAGAGCGUUUUUCGAACGACGUCAUUGCACUUGACAUUUAAAAUCUGAACACACUAUAAGCUUGUAAUGAAACAGAUUUAUUGAAAAUCUCGAAUAACAAGGUUUUUUUUAGUUCUUUAACCCCCCUUUUAAUGCUCCUUUUGAAAAGCUUUUGUAGUGAGAAAUAUUUCGAAAAGCUUGAAAAAUUAUAAUUUGAAGUCAUUUUUUGAGAAAAGUUUAGUUUUUAGAGAGCUUGCAACAAAGUUUUCCCAAUGAAAGGGCUCGCUACAGAAAAAUAAUCGAAUUUUGCAAAAGAUAAAGUUUUUUGGGUUGAUCUUCAAUUUUAAAGGAAGCUUGAGGAGUUUUUUGGAUCCGAGAGAAGAUUUCUCAAUUUUUUUUUUACUUCAAAUUUUUGCCAAUCAGAAAAGUGAUCACUUACACGUGUAUUACUGCGUUCGAGGAUGAGAAAAAGAGUCCAAAACAAAAGUUUUGCUGCACCUGUUGCCGCCUCGGCGGAGGCCAUCGGUCCAUUACAACCUUUCGUCUACUCCGCAAACGAUCCUAAAUCACCGCUUUUAAGCGUUCAAACAUUGCACUUUCUGGACUUUUGUGAGAUUUUGAGGGUUGGAGAGGCUUGGGUUUUUUUUAUGGUAUGGUCUGUGUAUUUUUUGAAUAGUUUUUCUAGAAGCAGAGAGUUUUUAAGACAGGAACCAAUGAAAGAGAAGAAAAAGGCAUUAAAUGAGUUCUUGUACUGGAAGAGGCGCUGAAGGUGAUUUUACUUUGCGGUCGGAAAAUACCGGAAAAUUGGCCGGGGUACUUCUUAAUGGACCAGAUUCUCAACUUUUCAACCUCCAAAAUUCUCUAGUCUUUGAGGAAGGACAUCUCCAAGACCAAGAAAACCCUCAAAGUUAAAUAAGGUUAUUUUGGGCUUUUAACCCUCUUUUCUCGAAAACUAGGAAGUAAUGCAGGUUGAGAGUUUUAGAAUCUUUUUAUUGGCACAUCAAGGUCUAUCCUGGCCAGUUUUCAAGGAAAGUAAAUUUAGAAAUGGGAAUUUUUAUCUCACGGGGAAAAUUUUUAGUGGCCACUAUAGAGGCCCGCCAAGGACUACUCGGAGAAGACACUAGAGUGGCCACUGAAACCACCUCUAGUGGCCACUAUUUUCCGUUUUAGAGGCCACUAUAGAGGUUUUUUAUUUAGUGGCCACUUCAGUAGUUUUUCAUCCAGUAUUCCUUACAGUAACUCUGAUAAUUUCAAAAAAAAAAAAACACAUUGGAGCAGUUAUGUUGAUUCAGUGACCCCUAAAGUGGCCACUAAAAUUUUCAGUGGCCUAGUAGUAGCUAUUAGACCUCAAUAAUGGCCACUAAUUUUCAACCCCUUGAGGGUCACUAAUUUGACUACUAUAGUGGCCACUAGAACUUGAAAACCCUAGUGGCCACUAAAAGUUUUCCCAAAUGAAUAAGACCAUGAACCUGGAAUGGAAACAAACUCUGUUGUUAGAACACUGAGAAACUGAAAACUGAUUCAGAUCCGGACAAUCUUUCCCGGAAGAACCCCUCGGUGGCCGAAUGGCUUCACUGGCUCGUCACCAACAUCCCGGCCAGCAACGUCAUCGAAGGAAUCAAUGGAGGUGAGAAGAUCUUACCAGUUGUUACCCAAAAAGAGCCCUUGUUAUUGUAGAUCCUUCCAGCUUCUUUUAUUGAAUUCAAAAUUUCUUCCAGGCCAACACCAAAUGGCCUACGGAUCUCCAGCUCCAGGACCCCGAACUGAUCUCCAUCGAUACGUCAUCCUCAUGUGGGAGCACCAAGGACGGUAAGAACUUAAGUUAUCACUUAGGUUGUUAUAAUUAAGACAUUUCUUGAAAGCUCUGAAGUAGUCACUUCAAUCUUAUUGCUAUUAUAAGAAGUUGGAUGGACUCCUAAUGCCUAUAGUGAUCACUUGGAGAAUAGAUUCCACUUAAGAGGCUCCUCAAGAACUUCUCGGAGAGGACACUAAAGUGGUUCCCUAUCUUAGUGGCCACUUUAGUAGUUUUUAGUUGUCUAGUAGUAUUAUUUAGACUGCCCAAAAAGCCAAAACCUAUAGUGAUCACUUGGAGAAUAGAUUGAUCAUAUCUCUGCGGAAAAACUCUAGUGGCCACUUAAGAGGCUCCUCAAGAACUUCUUGGAGAGGACACUAAAGUGGCUCUUCGUAGCCACUGUAGUAGUUUUUAAUUGUCUAGUAGUACUACUUAGACUUCUAAAGAAGCCACUAGAUUUCGGCCACUAAAGUUUCCACUAAUUUUAACACUAUACGGGCCACUACAACUUCAAAACCCUAAAGAGGUCACAAAAAUUUUUCCCAGUUGGUUUCGUUUUCCAAAGCUUAGAAUCACCACUAAAAUUACAAAAUGUUAAAACUUUUUGAGGAUUCUUGUAGAUGAAGCUGCUCUCUAUAGUGAUCACUUGAACAGCUUAGGCAGCUAUUUGAAUAAUGGAUCCUUGAGAGGUCAUUUAAACAACUUCGUUAUAUAAUAUUCUGGAGAACUAUCUAGACAGGCCUAAUAUUGUUGAUUACUUGGAGGAUCUAUUUUUUCGAUUUUUGACCCUAAAGAAGCCACUUGAAGUGUGGAAAUUCAGAAGAAUCAACGUCCCGAAACCGAGCUCCCGAGCCAAAUUCAACGUCAAGCAGUUCAUCGAGAAGUACCAACUCGGUCAGUUAUCUUAAUUAGAAAAAAAGAAUUUUCAAUUUUUCAGGAGACCCGAUCGCCGGCAACUUCUUCCUCGCCCAGCACGAGUAA